AUGAGCAGCCCAGCACAGUUCUUAGAUCUUCCUAUUGAAUUGCUGCCCAGCAUCGUGCAUCAUAUCGUACGGCCUAGCCAUCUUGCAGCUCUGUGCCUGGUCAAUCACUCGUUCUACAAGUUCACCAUUACUCUCCUUUACGAACGUGUAUUCAUCUAUGCUUGGCACAAGGAGGGGAAAUCCAAGGUCAUCAAGCUAUUCAGAACGUUGGCAGACUACCCGCAUCUUGCAAAGCUAGUGCAACAGCUAGGUGUGUGCGCAAAGCAACAUCAGCACAUUGCCUUCGAAGAAGAUUCUUCUGAACAUGGACUGCGAACUCAUGCCGAUUCUGCAACAGUCAUCCGCGAUUUCCCCAAGGCACUCCAAUCUGAAGACCAUGAUCUCAUUCUGGAACACUGCUUGGCGGGUAUUCGCAAUUGCAUCAACCUCAGAGCUUGCACAUGGACCCGGCAUGGAUCUCUUACGUCUCCCGUCCUAGAGACUUUGGUAGACUGCGCUCGACUGCAGGAAUUGGAGAUAAAUGGGGAGAAUUCUGGUUUCUAUGACCCAGGAAUCCUACCGCGUUUCUCCCAUCUCCGCAAGCUCGCCCUGAUCAUGCCUAGCGCUGCUGUGAUUGGCAUUCUGUCACCUUGGACUCGGAAUACAAGCCAAACCCUCAAUCACCUCGGCGUGAUCUGCAAGUCUUCUACCCGUUUCAACGACGGUGUUCUGCACGAGAUAGCUCCCCAUACUACAAACCUAGAGCAUGUCUAUCUUGUCGGCUGUCCCAAGGUCACCCAUGACGGACUAUGGGCCUUACUGUCUACGAACUACAAGGGCAUCGUUGGUCUCGGGAUGGAAGGUCUUUCUACCGCAUUUGACAUGGGCGUCUUCAGCGACCGAUGCAACCGUGCAGGAACGCUCUCGCGCCUCCGCUCGAUUACCCUCACCGUCGAUGAGCACACGUCUCUCGUGGAAUGGCAGCAAGAAGUCCUCAGCCUCCUCUCGAACACCCCAAUACAAUACUUCCAUAUUUCGACUGUUGGUGGACACGUCGGACAUCGUCUCAGUGACGACUUCUGUUCAGCUGUCGUCAGCGCACACGGUCACCGUCUUACGCGGUUCUCGGUACACCGCAUGCGGAUGAGUAUCGGUGCCAUUGCAGACAUCUGCCGACGAUGCAUCGUUUUGGAACAGCUCUUUAUCGUUGUAGAGCAGAACGACCUCGAUGCUCUCGGGCCGUGCCUCGCAGAGGCCCCAAAGCUUCGGGCAGUUCACGUCAACCGGCCCCUGGACUUCGGCUCUGAAGACGUCCCGAAGCACUCGUACUCUCAAAUACUCUCGAUCGUCCGUCAAUGUCGGCCGACUGUACGUCAGUUUGGUUUUAACACUCGCGUGUUCCAGGUAGAGCGAACCUCCAAAGCGGCCGAGCAUGGGUCGAUACAGACAGAGGUUACCCUAUCCUCAUAUGAGAAUCCGGAGAUACCAGAACAAUUCCUGGUAGUACGGACUUAA